CCAACCAAAACUCAAACCCAAACGAAAAAGUCGAAAUCCCAAAAACGUUUGAAUGUAAUAACAAAAGCGCCAAAUCUUUGAAUAUUAAGCUAUCAUGGCGCCUCUGCACACACUCUCUCUUUCUAUCAGCACAAACUACAAAGCUCUCCCUCUGGUCAGUCACUCACUCCACAUUCCUCUCUCUCUCUCUGUUCGUCCACUCCAGAUUCGGAAUAUAUAAGAUUUGUUAUCUGAAGCAGAGGGGGAGAGAGACGACAAUGGCGGACAAGGAGAACUGUGUGCGUGUCACGCGCUUGGCGAAGAAGAGGGCAGCAGAGGCAAUGGGAUUGGCCGAGCCUAAGCAACAGCCUGCUACCAAGAAGAGGGCGGUGUUGGGUGAGCUACCCAAUUCGUUCAAUUUCACGGGGAAUCGGAAUCUGGGUUCUGAGCCUAAAAAGCAGAAAUGUAGGUCGAAGAAGAAUGUGAAGAAGGAGAUUGUGGAGACAUCGAGUGAGCAUAACAUUGAUGCCGAAUUUAUUGAUCCCCAAAUGUGUGAUGCUUAUAUCUCUGAGAUAUAUGAGUAUCUUCAUAAUAUGGAGAUGGAGGCGAAGAGAAGGCCAUCUCCAGAUUACAUUGAAAAAGUUCAGAAAGAUGUUACUUCUAACAUGAGGGGGAUACUGGUGGAUUGGUUGGUGGAGGUUGCAGAGGAGUACAAUCUUCUCUCUGAUAGUCUGUAUCUAACUAUCUCUUACAUCGAUCGAUUCUUGUCAAUGAAAGUUCUCAAUAGGCAAAGGCUUCAAUUGCUGGGUGUUUCUUCAAUGCUCAUAGCAUCAAAGUAUGAGGAGAUCAGUCCUCCACAUGUGGAAGAUUUCUGUUACAUUACGGAUAAUACAUACACCAAAGAAGAGGUGGUGAAGAUGGAAGCUGAUAUACUCAAAUCCCUCAAGUUUGAAAUGGGGAAUCCCACAAUUAAGACAUUUCUCAGAAGAUUCAACAGUGUGGCUCAAGAAGAUUAUGGGACUCCUAAUUUGCAGUUGGAGUUUAUAGGGUACUACCUAGCAGAGCUAAGUUUGCUGGAAUAUGGCUGUUUGAAAUUCCCACCUUCUUUGGUGGCUGCAUCUGUUAUAUUUCUUUCGAGAUUCACAAUCCAAUCGAAGUUUCAUCCCUGGAGUUUGGCCCUACAACAAUACUCGGGUUAUAAACCAGCAGAUUUAAAGGAAUGUGUUCUUAUAUUACAUGACUUGCAAUUGAGUAGACGAGGAGGAUCUUUGGUGGCUGUGAGAGAGAAAUAUAAGCAACAUAAGUUCAAAUGUGUGUCGACGUUGUCUUCUCCUGCUGAAAUACCAAAUUCCUUUUUCGAAGAUAUUGAAGAAUGACAUAUUUUGGCCACUAGGAUAUAGGAUUUUAGGUUUUUACUGACCAAGACGAUCACUUUGUGGAUAAAGCUUUGGAAACGAUCACUUCGUGGAUAGAGCUUUGGAAGCCGGAUGAAUGUCUUGUUGAGUAUUCUUUUCACUGGAAGAUUGGUUUGUUCUGCUGCCUAAUCCUGCUUGAUGGAGGUGAUCUUCUAACUGAUUUAGCUGUCCCAAGCUGCCAGUGUGAUCUAACGCUUGGAGAAGCAUACACUGAGCACAAAUGGAAUUGCUAACACAGGUUUUUACUGAUAUUACUGUGGAGGUUCUUUGUGACAUAGAUAAAAUGUUUUUGAUUUUUGUGUUGUAAGUUCUAACCUUAGAUCAUGCUGACAACUAUCUUGUAGCUUAGUUCACUGAAUGGUUUUUGAUUAAGGAUUUUGUGUGCAUUGUUUGA